GCUGAAAAUGACAGCAAGCGUACUAGCAAGGGACCAAGCUUGGAGACUAAAAAGAAAAUCAAAGCUUGACGAAAAUGGGAAUUCGAGUCUUCAAAUCUUCUAGUUAAAAAUCUUCCCUUAAACUAUGCGAUUCAAGCUGUCCACGAGCUGAGCUUCAUCGAAUUCAACAAAACCAACUACAGGGUUUUACUCCUACUUCUACUUCCUCUCUUUGACUGUUAGCUCCUUCAAAUUUUUCUUCUCAAAUCCUCUCUAAUUUCCCCUUUUCUUUAAUACCCACUUUGGAAAAGGACAGUGGUUUCUGUUCCCCUUCUUCAUUUCUGCAUUUUCAGUCACCCACACGCUCCACCCCCCACCCCCCACCCCCCUUUUGGAGCUCUGAAAAUGGCUGCCACUGUCUUCUUUCUUUCUGUCUCCUCUAUUUUGCUUCUCUGAUGGCUGUUUUACCCUUUACAAAAAGGCUUUGCUUGUGGAACUACACAAGGAAUCUUAUAGGAGGAAUGCAUUGAAGAAGAUCUACUUUUACUGGAUUUCCUCCAGUUUUCUUGGAUCUACAGAGACCUAAGCAUAUCCUAGAUAGAACAUCUGCCCGCUACUGAAGUUCUAAUAACCCGAUUGAUGGGAUGGAGGAAUAUAAGUGAUACUGAUAGGUUCAUGGAAUUGGCAAAAGAUCAUAGAGAACUAGAGACUUGAUUAGAUCCCAAGAAAUGUGAAUGCUGUAGCCUUGUAAAAGAAGGGGAAGAAAGAGAAGUACAAUUCUACUUUGUGAUACUUGCUUGCUCCUUAAGGCUGAGCCUAACUGCCAAUUGAUUCUUGGUUUCACCCUCAACCAUGAAAGCUAGAUCAGAGAAUGGAUGGCAUUGCAUCAAGUCUCUUUACUUUAGAGGUAAACCAACCAAGGAUUUGUGCCUGUUGCAGAAGGUGAAGGCCUCCACCAGUACGCCGGGAGAAGCUCCAGUCUAUCUCAAUGUGUAUGACUUAACCCCUGCAAAUGGCUACGUCUACUGGGCUGGCCUUGGUAUCUUUCACUCUGGUAUAGAAGUUUAUGGCAUUGAAUAUGCCUUUGGAGCCCACGACUACCCGACGAGUGGUAUCUUUGAGGUAGAACCCCGAACAUGUCCUGGCUUCAAGUUUAGGAAGUCAAUCUAUAUCGGCACAACUUGCUUGGACCCAAUCCAAGUGAGAGACUUCAUGGAGCGUCAAGCUGCAAACUAUCAUGGUGAUUCAUAUCACUUGAUCGUGAAGAAUUGCAACCACUUCUGUGAGGAUGUAUGUAGAAAGCUAACGGGGAAAUGCAUACCAAAAUGGAUUAAUCGACUCGCUAGAAUAGGUUCAAAAUGCAACUGCAUACUCCCCAAGGCACUUAAGGCCACGACCAUGCAACAUGACCCGAGAUUUGAGGGACAGGACAGCGAAAAGAAAAGGCUAAGAAGUGGCUUCAGUUGCUUAUCCUCAAUCUCCAUGAAUCAGAAGGAAGUUUCAAUAUCUUCACUGUUUCUACACUCCCACUAUAAAGGCUGCCUACCUCCAUGGGAACUAAAAAGAUCGAAAAGCUGGUCGUUCAAGUAAGGAGAAGACAACCUACCUACGCGGAUUUGAGAUAUCUAACAAGUUUUCCUUCUUCCAGUUCUUGGGAUAAUAGCCGUGGGAGCUGAUUGGUUUGGGCUUUGUGGAUUGAUCACAGAGGCUCUAAUCUCUCUCCUUUUUUCUCUCUUUUCACUUGUGUUUUUAAGUCUCUGAGAGGCUUCGUUCUGAUCAUUGACUUGGGGGAUAAUUCAUUCAUGAUGUGGAGUUAUAUCUUUCGGUAGAGCUUAGGAAUCCAAGUAGCUGGUCGGUUUGCCAAUGCCAAUGUAUAUUAGCUGUUCAUCUUCUUCUUCUUUGCUAAUCAUUGUUUUGGCAUAA